UGCAUAGGGAACCUAUGGGAUUCACAUGAUGGUUGAAGACUUGAACAGGGGCGCUGGGUUUUCUCAUAUCAGCCUGGAGAGGAAAUGAAAAGCUGAAGUUCAGUAUUAAUGACUAUAAACUAGCAAAACAAGCUAGCAGGAUAAUUAACUAUAGACAUGUAACCCGAAGUAAACAAACUAAUUAAACUCUGGCUAGGUUAAAAGGCUCAGCUUUCACCAGUCAUUUAGUUAUAAAUAAUAUCAUUAGAGGUUAAAAGUAAAGGUAAACGAAAAAAAGAGAGAAGAAGAAGAUAUAUUCUGUUUGGAGUUGGAGCUGGUAAACCAGGUGUAGGUGCCAUGCGUGGCUGUGCGCGGAGCUUUCGAGCUCUGUCCCCAGCCCUGCUGCCCCGGCUCCUCUUUCACGCCCGGUGCUGUCGAACCCGAGCGGUCUGCCAUGGCCCGUGGAGCACGGCCCGGUUUUUCAGCACAGCUCCAGAAGCCCAGGUCACACCUCUGCCCAGUCAGGCCCGAGUCGUGAUCUGUGGCGGCGGGGUCGUGGGAACGUCCGUCGCUUAUCAUCUGGCGAAGUUAGGCUGGACGGAGGUUGUGCUUCUAGAACAGGGGAGACUCGGAGCUGGAACGACUCGGCUGUGUGCGGGGAUAGUAAGUGUUGCCAAGCCCAUUUUUAUCGAGAGCCAGAUGGCAGACUACUCGAAUGCCUUGUAUGAGCGCUUGGAGCAGGAGACCGGAGUCAAAACAGCUUUUGCCAGGACGGGAUCACUGUGUUUGGCUCAGAAUCAGGACCGUUUCCUCUCGCUGAAGCGGCUGGCGUCCAGACUCAAUGUUUUGGGUAUAACCUGUAACAUCAUCAAACCGAAAGAAGUAUCCAAGCUUCACCCCAUGGUGAACAUUCAUGACUUGGUGGGCGCUCUCCACCUGCCGGGAGACGCCGUGGUGUCGCCUCCAGACGUCAAUCACGCCCUGGCAGUGGCAGCAGCAAGGCACGGAGUCCAGAUCCAUGAACGAACCAGCGUGAACCACGUCCUUGUGGAAAAGGGUCACGUCAGAGCAGUGGAGACGGACCGAGGUUCUAUCGAGUGCGAGUACUUCGUGAACUGUGCUGGACAGUGGGCAUAUGAGCUCGGCCAGAGCAGUGAAGUCAAGGUGUCUGUGCCUCUGCACGGCUGUGAGCACUUCUACCUCCUCACCAAACCUCUACAGGAACCUCUGCAACCCACAACACCUGUGGUGAUGGAUAUGGAUGGAAGGAUCUACAUACGGGCCUGGCAGGGCGGCGUUCUCUCGGGAGGCUUCGAGAAGAACCCCAAACCCAUCUUCACAGAGGGACGCAAUCAGCUGGAGAUCCAAAACAUGCAGGAGGACUGGGACCAUUUUGAACCCAUGUUGAGCGCCCUGCUGAGGAGAAUGCCGAGCCUAGACUCGUGUGAGAUCCAUCAGCUGGUGAACUGUCCCGAGUCCUUCACCCCAGACAUGCGCUGCCUCAUGGGCGAGACUCCAGGAGUGCACGGCUACUUUGUCCUGGCAGGCAUGAACUCCUCGGGUCUGUCUUUUGCAGGAGGGGCUGGCAAGUAUUUGGCUGAAUGGAUGACUUACGGCUAUCCACAUGCCAACGUUUGGCCCCUGGACAUCAAGCGCUUCGGUAAUCUGCAGAGCAGCCGCACUUUUCUGCGUCAUCGUGUGAUGGAGGUCAUGCCACUGCUAUAUGAGCUGAAAGUGCCGAGAUGGGACUUCCAGACGGGCAGACAGCUGCGCACCAGCCCCCUUUAUGACCGGCUGGAUACGCAGGGGGCUCGCUGGAUGGAGAAGCAUGGCUUUGAGCGGGCCAAAUACUUUGUUCCUUCAGGAAAGGAUUUGCUGGCCCUGGACCAGAGUAAAACCUUCUACAAGCCGGACUGGUUUGACAUUGUUGGUGCUGAGGUGAAGUGCUGUAAGGAGGCGGUGUGUGUCAUCGACAUGUCUUCCUUCACCAAGUUUGAGCUCACGUCAUCCGGGGACCAGGCCUUGGAGCUGCUCCAGCGGCUGUGUUCUAAUGACCUGGAUGUUCCCGUAGGACACAUCGUCCACACGGGCAUGCUGAACGAGAGAGGGGGGUACGAGAACGACUGCAGCGUGGUACGCCUGAGCAAGAACAGUUUCUUCAUCAUCUCGCCUACGGAUCAGCAGGUGCAUUGUUGGUCUUGGAUUAAGAGGCAUAUGCCCAGUGACCCACAGCUCCACCUAGAGGACGUCAGCUGGAAAUACACUGCUCUUAAUCUGAUCGGUCCUCGGGCGAUGGACGUGUUGUCCGAGCUCUCCUACGUCUCUAUGACUCCGGAGCAUUUUCCCUCUCUGUUUUGUAAGGAAAUGAGCGUGGGCUACGCUAAUGGAAUCAGAGUAAUGAGUAUGACUCAUACAGGAGAGCCAGGCUUCAUGCUCUACAUCCCUAUAGAGUACGCGCUGCACGUGUAUAACGAGGUCAUGUCGGUGGGUCAGAAGUACGGCAUCCGUAACGCAGGAUACUACGCCCUGCGCAGCCUGCGCAUCGAGAAGUUCUUCGCCUUCUGGGGACAGGAUCUGGACUCGUUCACGACGCCCCUCGAAUGCGGUCGCGAGUUCCGCGUCAAAUUCGACAAGGACACAGAUUUCCUGGGCAGGGAGGCUCUGUUGCAGCAGCGGCAGGAAGGAGUGACACGCCGCUUCAUCAUGCUGGUCCUGGAGGAUCACGACGCCGAGCUGGACCUGUGGCCGUGGUGGGGCGAAGCCAUUUACCGUAACGGAGAGCUGGUGGGCGUGACCACUAGCAGCGCCUACAGCUACACUCUGGAGCGCCAUGUGUGUCUGGGUUUCAUCAGCUCACCCGGCGCACACGGCAGCACCAACGUCAUCACGCCCGACUUCAUCAACCGCGGUGAGUACGAAGUGGACAUCGCCGGACACAGGUACCCAGCCAAGGCCAAGCUUUACCCCUUCAGCUCGCUUUUCGCCCAGCAGAGACGGCGCAAAGAGGACAUGGAGCUUAGCAACUUUCAGGGCAAGUAAGGGAUUAAAGUACGGCUCUGUUUUUAUUUUUUCUCCUUACUUUGCUUCCUAUGUGCAAUAGACAUCAUCAUAUGUGCUGUAGAAUUAACGUUUGUCAGGGUUUCAGUCCUGUCCUCUGGAACGCCAGCUUUCUAUCUCUAAAGCACAUCAAUCUACAUUGCACAACCUUCACUACCUGCUCAGGUGUGUUUGGAGGUGAACCAGCUGACGAUCUGAGGACUGGAUUGAGAAUCUAAUCUAUGUUAUAUUAUAAGACUGUAAUAUAGCCUCUGUUUUGUUUUUUGGGGGUUCUCUCUCUCUCUCUCUCUCUCUCUCUGAGUGUGCUUUGCAUUAAAAGGAUUCUAGUGGGUAAAAAAGGAUAUUCGGUCCUUUUUCUUUUUUUCUUUCAGCACAGGGAACUGUCGCAGUUCUUGUCUAUGGCUAUCACGCGUGAGCUGCAGUAGAUGGAAAUUAGAACGAAUGAAUCGGAUUACUCCUUUAAAUAAUCCGUCCUGUCAACCGAUCGUAUCUUUACGUAGUUAAAAGUCGUUUUUUUUUUUUUUUUCUUCUUUGUAACCCUGAUACCCUCUGACAGUUGGAUCAUUAUGAAGGCUUGCGUCGGUAUCCGAGGCGUUUGUGGCGUUGCACAUAACGAGAGGCGCCGUUUUAUUGUAAUGUUUAGACUUUCACACUCUCCAAGCCAUUUUAAAAAACAUGUCACAUAAAGAAAUGUAUUUUUAUAUAUAUAUACAUAAAAAGUGUACAAAAAACCCUUUUGGAAUGAAGAGUAGUGUGUGUGUGUGUGCGCGCGCGCGCGUGUGUGGGUGGGUAUAUAUAUAUAUAUAU